GUGAUCGGGCUCAGCACACCACCGCACAGAACUGAAACGAGCGGCGUCCAGUGCAGAUCGUAGCGGACCAAGCGGCAGUAGCAGCAGCAGCAGUACAACGAUAUAGACACACCGACACAAGAGAGCGAAUCUACCACACGCGCCCGAGGCAGAGCAGUGUAAACGUUACGUUUUCGGUGUCCAGAGUCGAAAGCAGCAGCACGCACAACAUCUCCUUUCAGCCUGUGCCUGUGUUCUAAGUUCUUAGCCUUUGAAAGCGAUUCGCGCAAGAAGUGUAUAUUACAGUACAGUAAAGGUGACACCGAAAAAGUACGGUUCCAGUAUAAAGCCACGCCAGCAGAGUGUUGCUACGCACACAACAGGCAAGCGAACUUUCCGUGAACAGCACAGCCACAACAGUUUUUUGCCGUUUUCUUCCGCGAGUUUGUGUUGUUUCGAUUCUUUGUGAUAAUUACGCGCGCGCGCGCGGCCGACAACUUCCGCGAAUUCUGGUUUUCGAUUCGUCGCGUGGAAAUAUCACCAAGUGUUGUGCGUGUGUGUGCAAUUCUUUGCGAAGUUGGUGGAAUCAACCAUACAGCUAGAAUAUCGCACCCCCACACCAGCAAAUCACUUUCGCUCACACUCAAACAGGAAAAAAAAACUGUCUCUUUCGUCCUAAGUGUGUGCGCGCGAGCGUCAUCCGCCUAAGCAGGAAAAGUGAAUUGUUUGUUCUAAGUGCGGUGCGGUGUGUGUGUGUGUUUAGUGCACGGAGGAAUCCAUUUUCCUGAAAGAGCCCCCCUUUUAGCACACACGCAUUUCGUAAAGAUCCUUUUUUUGCGCACAGCGCCUACUAAGAGAGAAAAAACGAGAAAAAAAAGCUCCGCACACUGGUACGAGCCCCCGGUUUCGAGAACUGCCAUUUCAGUAAAGAAAAAGUAAUAUUCGUGAAAUAUUCGUCCACUACGAAAGAAACGUGUUCACGACGACGCCGACGACGACGAAAAGUGUGUUAUCCGAGUGUGAAAAUCAUUAUUUGAUGCGCCUUGAAAAUAGUGCAUUUUUACUAGUAAAAGCAAAAGCGUGCGAAAGAAAGUCGAGUUUAAACACACCACGAGCCUCUCUGCCUGCGCCAUAUUGCCAAUUUUUUUUGUCGCCGUAAAUAGUGUGUGUUUGUGAGCAAAUCGCGAUUUGAAGUGUGGUGCGAUUUUUAUAUUUUUGGAGCAAUUUUUAAUUGAGUGACGAGUGUUUUUUUUAUGCAUCGCGGCUAAGUGAAAAAAUAGCAGCUUCAUUUGUGUGAGAGUGCACGCGCGACAGGAUAAAGGAGAGAGUCCUUUCACCUCUUUUGCAUACCGCGCGACCGUCGUGAGUGUGUUAUCUCGAUCGUUGUUCGCCUCUACGAGAGUAGUGUGUGCUUCGUUUCGAUACGAGUGUGUGCGCAAUCGCUAAUAUCCUGUUCCUGCGCGCGCUCCUGUGUGAUACAUAUCCGUGUGUGCGUUUGUGUGAAAUUGGCAGCAUCGGCAGAGGAGAUCCAUCCGCGGCAAAACGUGUUUUAGCAAGCAACCACCAUGUCUACUGCGAUAAUGCACCACAGCACGUCACUGUACGACUUUGGAGAGUACCCACGCAAGAACCAAACCAACACCUCCCGAGGCAACACACAGGCGACCAUUGGCAGUGGUGGUGUUGGCGCCGGUAACAGCAACGUACACAACGGCGGUACCUCCAGCAGCAGCAGCAACAACAGCCAACAGAUGCUGCUGUCGCAAAGUUUUAGCGUAGCCGCUGCGCUCGCUGCCACCUCCAACAACAGCAACGGCAGCAAUGGUGGAAAUUUGCUGAGCGCUCAGCAAUCGCUUAGCGGCAGCAACCAUCACAUCCAGCAGCAGCAGCUCCAGUACCAGCAGCAGCAGUACUCUUACAAUCUGCAGAAAACUGGUGGUGCCUCCCAGCACAAGCACCACGGUGGGCAUCAUGCCGCACUGCACCGUACCGCGUCGCAGCCGGCCGCCCGCCACAUGGUGGAAAACAUCCUGGAGAUGUUCACGCUCAACAAGGCGAUGGAGGACGCGGCCCUUGCCGGGCUGACCGGGACCACCGCCGCCGCCGCCGCCGCCACGAUCAGCUCGAGCAGCAGCAGCGCCAGCUCGAUCAACAGCAACCACGGCAACAACGGUAGCCACAACCAGCAGCACGCCACUAGCAACACUUCCUCCUCCUCCGGUCACCGGAAGUUGGAACGAACGCAGUCCGAACCGCUGCCACAGCAAGUAAAUACCUCGAGAUACAAAACCGAGCUCUGCCGACCGUACGAGGAGGCGGGAGAGUGCAAGUACGGCGACAAGUGCCAGUUCGCGCACGGCAUGCAGGAGCUGCGCAACCUGCAGCGCCACCCGAAGUACAAGACGGAGCUGUGCCGCACGUUCCACAGCGUCGGCUUCUGUCCGUACGGGCCGCGCUGCCACUUUGUGCACAACGCGGAGGAGGCGCGCAACCACAACCGCAACGUGGCCGCCUACCACGCGCGGCUGGCAGCGGCAAAUGCGGCCGCCGCCGCCGCCGCCGCCAACGGCAACUCAUCCCAGUCAGCGCAGGGCGCGGCCAAGAGCAACCAAAACGGUCCCAGUAUGAUCGCCAGUAACAACAAUUCGUCGCAGCAGCAGCACGGUCAUCACCAGCAGCAGCAGCAGCACAGUGCCCUAAAGUCACUGUCCGUCGCACAGCAGCUGCAAACGGCGGCCGCCGCCGCUGCCAUUCUGCAGCAGCAGCAGCUUCAGCAUCAUCACCACCAGCAGCAGCAGCAUCAGCACUUGCAUCAGCUGCCGCUCAGCCCGGCCCUGUCGAUGUCGACCGGGUCUGAUCGGGCCUCCCCGAUCGGGUCGCUGUCCCUCAGCCCGACCACCUCGAUGGCCAACUUCUUCCCGGAGGCGAUCAGCCCGACGCUGCAGCAGGGCGGUGCCAUCCCGCAGCCCUUCCUGUUCCCGAACAGCCCGCCGGCCAGCCCGAUCGAGGGCCUGUCGCCGAUGGCCAGCCCGCCGCCGUCGUCGCCCUCGCUUACCACCAUGAAGCUGGGCGGUGGGGCGACCGGUGGUUGCAAUGGCGGUUCGGUCGAGGACCGGCUGCCCGUGUUCAACCGGCUCAGCUCCGCCCUGGAACCCUUCGUCGUCAAUCUCAACCUGUAAUCGGGGAAAAUGCGGCGGCGGCGGUGGUGAGAGAAAGGGAGGGAGCGCUUACUUUAUUCCGUUUGAUGAGACGAGGGAAGAGAGAGAGACAGUGGGACAAAGAGACGCUUCAUUUGUGUCUUUUCACACCUAGCGCUUUUUCGUUGUGCUCUCGUGUAACACGCACAAGUAAGGAUGAAUUUGCCCAAACCGAGCGUUUUCUAUGUUUAUUUUUCCGCCUUCUUUUUGGGCUCAUUUGUGUAAAGAAUCUAAACCGAACUUGUGCCGCACUCGUUUCAUCUGCAAUAGUAUCUAGGAGGGGAGGGUACACCUGGGUGUGUUUGUGGGUCCCUUGGGAGGACAUGGUGAAAGGGAAAGCGUCGUGCGUGUGUGUAUGUGUGUGAGCGAUUGAUAUUGGGAAUUACUUUACUCUGAACUCUUCUGACAUGUAUUUAUAUUUAAAUUAAUUCGAACGAGAAAAGAUUGCUUUUGUAUACUUUUUUGUUUAUUUUUGGAUUUAUCAAUCUUGUACCUCACACAUACACACACACGAACGCACGCAAAUACUUUAAUGGAUAGAAGGAAAUAUUUAUUGAUUUUUGCACUAUAAUAUUUACAACACAACAACAAAAAAUCGUCAUACACACUCACACACAUACAUAGAAACAGAUGAAAACUCGCUGUUUCUCGUUGUGUUUGAUUCAAUUUCUCUUACAUGUGAUUUGCAAACAAACAAACAAACAAAAAAUGCAAGAACUACUACGGUACGCGAUAGUAAUAUUAUUUGAAUACUUUAAUAAUUAUUCUUAGGUUGCGAGAUGUGUAAUUAUCAAUUUAUUUACCCUUUUUUCUUGGAUGACUUCAUUCGCUAACGGGCGAACGAAUGAAGCGCGACACGAAUUGAACAUAUAAUGGGGCGAGGGAGCGGUGGUGUGGGUGACAACGAUUAAAAUAAAGCGAUAUAAAAGGGCCUGUAAUCAUCCUACACAACGGUUGUCUCAGACACUUGAUAGUAGCGCAAUUUUACUUCGGGAGGGAGAGAGAGACAGUUUGCCUCUUCCGAGGAAGUUGCGACGCGCUUGUUUUUGAGCACUUAGGCACUGCAGAUAUAUAGUAGAAGCAAAUGCGCUUAGAAUGUAUGUUACGGGGCUUUCAAUGGAGAGAAGAACGCCUCCCAGAGGAGUCUGUUUGCCAAAUAGUAAGGAUUGCGCUCUCCCAAACCCACCCAAUCGACUGUGUUCUGUAUGCCAUCAUGCGAUCACUCUAUUUCUUUACCUUCGAAAACCCCCUCCCACCCAGUUCACUCUUUAUUAACACCCUUUUUACACCCUGCUGUUCGUGCGGAUAUAUGAACAUAUAUGAUAGUCAGUUGAACUCAGUUGUUUAUUUAAUUAUUUAAUUUAUUACAUCCACACAUAAGGCUCUCCCUCCAGGGUUUAGGUGUUUCAUGAGCUUUUUUUUUCUUUCUUCUAUUCUACCGCAAGCUGUUUGUGCAUACACUACUACACUACUUUAUUCCUUUUGCAUUAUUAUGGUUAUUAUUAUUAUUUGUACUUCCAUUUUUACCGAACUGAAAAAUGAAUCAUAUAUGCAACACCCCCCGAUACGUUAUUUAUAAACUUUGUGAACUGUAGUUGUUAUGAAGAAAUAGCACAACAUGCCAACUUAUUAAUUAUUAUUAGAAUAUGAAGAAGAAAGGGUUCGUCUCUUCCAUCUCUAUUUAAUCUACAGCCACCACAUGCACACCAGUUGUCUCUCUUUCUCUCACUCGCUCUUUCUCUCUCUCUCGCUCUACCGGUCUCUCCCUGUGCCCGUUCAACUUGGGAGUCUUAUUGGUAACUGAUUUCGUAUUUUAUACAACAAUACAAUUAAUGUGCUAUACAUUUAUAUAUAUAUAUACAUGCAACAACAAAACACACAUACACAUUAAUAUAUCUGCUGCGAGAAUAUUUUUGCUGCGUGUUUGAAAAUAUGGGUGAUGAUAAACGAUAUAUAUAAUAUAAUAGUGCAUAGGGUUUACUUAUAUAGACAGCGUAAAGUGAAGCAAAACAGAACGAGCACAAUAUGUCCGCACCGAUAGAAAUGUCCCCUUUUUAAUUUAUUUUAUUUAUUCUCAAAACUCUCCUGUAAAAGAAAAAUGCACGCACGAAAGCGUUCAAAACCGCACACAGCACAAAUACUAUGCACAAACACACACACUCAAACACCUUAUGUGUGCUGCACUCAUCAAAGUCGAUCACUUGCCACCUCCACCACCAAACAACAGUUUAGUUUUUUUUUCUUGCGUAGAUAGUCCACCGAUUGGGAAACAAAGGAACUGAAAAAUCUGAUGUUAAUUUGAACUCUUCCGCAUCAUGGUACAAACUGCUCUUAAUAUGUGUGUGUGUGAGGAUUACGGAUCCCCAUGAACCCUCCCUUAUCUCUCCUGAAACCACCCACCUAGACAUUGCUUAGGAUUAUACGAAAAAUGAAUCGAAAAAAAGACAAAGGGUGUAAAAGGUAAUGCUUGUUUGGUGAUGCCGAUGAAAACCUAACGUACGUAAUGUAAUAUUUUCAAAUCCCACACAAACACCACUACUCACCCCGUAUAUAUCCCCCCUCUUUUAUUAUGUGUUUGCGCGGUAGGAGAUUAUUUAUGUGAAAUAUGUGAUGCCGAAGUAGAAUGAUGAGCUUUUCCUUUCAUUUUUUUUCGAAAACAAAAGAUGAAUUUAACUUAUAUGUACUUGUAUGAACUGUUGCAACAAAAAAAGACAAAACAAAUACAUGGGUGGAAAAGCUGCACAAGUGGGAUGCAUGCAGGCGAACCCUGUACACGUGUGUUUAGAUGUUAGAAGCGAGACAACGAAGUAAGGAAAAAAAGACGAGCGAUCGAUGUGAGGGGGUGUGCAGCAAAAGCGCGCGCGCGCAGCAAGUGAAAAUCAAAACAUACAAAAUGCGAUAAUCUAUAGUUCUUCCCUUUUUCGUAUUUACGUCGAGUUAGUACACUGCAAAAAAAAAAAAAACAAUGCGUACGCGAACGCUUUUACUAUUUUUGUGUAAUAACUACCUUACUACAUGUGACUACUAUUAUUAUUAUAUUAUUAUUAUUAUCUAUUAUCUUUAUUAUUUUAUUAUUAUUAUUAUUUUAUUAUCAUUCAAUAAUGCAAACGGAUUUAACGAUUAAUUUUGCUACUUUGCGCGUGUGUGCGUGCGUGCGGCGCUCCUUUAUUAAACGCUAUUUCAUUUGUACAUUUGUAGUAAUUUAUAUUUUUUCCGUGAUUUUUUUGCAAGCGAGUUCGUUUUUUUUUAUACAUAUAUUAUAUUAUUUCCUAUACUAUAUAUAGCAAGCAAGCACACACACAAACCGAACUAUACACCUCUUUUAUGUACAUGCAUGUGUAAUAUUAUAAUUUUGGAUUCACCAAGCGAGUGCCUUAUUAAAAGAAUUGGAAUCAAAACAAAUCAAACACACAGACGCGCACCACGUGCACGCCUCAUUAUCGUUGCCCGUUGCACCCAUGUAAAUGCAAGCCACCUAGCACCGAGGGAGAGGUUGGUGGGUGGUGUAUGAUGUGUCUGUCCUGUCCUUGGGGUGGAAUUUGGGUUCUCUUUUCUGUCCCUGUUUUCUUCCAUCAAGCUCGGUACGUUGAUUUUUCACUUGUGUCUUCCUUUGCUCUAACUACUACGAGCUUAACUCUCACGCCCUCAUGCGUUUGAAUUGAAGCACACGACGGUUCCGUUUAGUGUUGAUUCAAUAAAUGCACAUGAGGCGAGUUUUUGCUUUAAAAAAAGUGCUUCCAAAAAGUAAAUCGUACCCAGCAGACUAGAGGGACAGAUCAAACGAAUGCUCUCCACCAAAGGAAGACCAGACGCAUAAAGGCGCUUCAUAUCUUGCGGUGGCUGCUCACGUGGUUACGCUGCUGCUUUUCGCGGUUGCGUUUGAGUGCUGCGCUCGGCUGUGCUCUGUGUGUGUAGAUAAGUUUUCCUAUCCAACCAACCAACCCGCAACUGUUCAUUGUGUAAAGAGUGCGUAAGCAAAACUUAUAUUCGUAAGGAAAGAUGCAGCGCAGUAGAAAGAGCGCGCGUGUGUGUGUGAAUAUAGGUGGGUGCAGUUGCACCUGAAUAAUGAUAUAAAAAAAAACAGCAGUAGCAGCAGCAGCGGUAAUCAUAAUAGCGAGUUAAGCGUUUUGUCCGUUAAAAAGGAAAACAAAAUAAAACAGUAAUGAUUGCUAGGAAAAGGGCAAGCAUUCAAAAAUAAGCAAAAAAAAACAUAUAGAAAAAAUAAACCCAAAAUCGUGAUCAUAUAAAUACUGCAAGACGUGUUAGAAACUGAAGUCCACAAACUGAGCGCGCGCUCAGUGUGAUGUGUGGCGGCGUGUGGCGUGUUUGGUGCCUGCUCAGCGUGAAAAAGACGGACGGCAAUGUUUAAACAUAAAAAUGAAAACGAGAUGAAAAAUAAUACACAAAACUAUAUUUAAAAAAAAUUAAA